AUGCGCCUGCAACGUGCCUCGCAGUUUUUCCUUGCCUUCUACCUCUUCUUGCAUCCACACUGCGUUCAAGCAGAGCCUCAAUGCGCCAUAGAUCCCAAUUCAGUCGUGACCGAUGCCUGCGCCUCCUACGCAGACCUCGAAAGGCUCAACGCCAACCUAUACCCUUCGCUAGAAGACCUGACCCAACACACCGAUUUCUUUGCCUACUACAGAUUAAACCUCUACAACAAGGUCUGUCCCUUUUGGACCGAUGAGAAUUCCAUGUGCGGCAACCGGGCAUGUGCCGUCGAGACAAUAGAGGAUGAAAGUGACAUACCGCCUAUCUGGCGAGCCGCAGAGUUGAGCAAACUGGAGGGUGCCAGGGCAAAACACCCUGGGAUUGCCCAACAGCGAGAAAGACCGAAAGACCGACCGCUGCAAUAUCAGUUGGGCGAGAACGUGGACGAGAGUUGUGUGCUGGAGGAAGACGACGAAUGUGACCAAAGAGACUAUUGCGUUCCCGAAGAUGAGGGCGCCGCAGCCAAGGGAGACUACGUGAGUCUGGUUAACAACACGGAACGAUACACCGGCUACUCGGGAUUGGGUGCUCGACAAGUCUGGGAUGCCAUUUACAAGGAGAACUGCUUCGCACCAAAAUCUCCCAGACAUGCCUCUUUGAAACCGAAACCUCUCCAAGCCGCAGAGAGUCUCAAGACCGUCUUCCAAGAGUAUGGGCGCCAACAUGUCGACGAUUCGGACGACCUGUAUCCCCUCGACGAUGAAUGUCUAGAGCAACGGGCCUUUUAUCGUAUCGUCAGCGGCAUGCAUGCAUCCAUCUCCACGCACAUUUGCUGGGAAUACUUCAAUCAAACCACCGGCGAAUGGGUCCACAACCUUGAUUGCUACAAGGAACGGCUGCACAAGUACCCGGAGCGCAUCUCCAAUAUCUACUUCAACUACGCCAUCCUGACGCGCGCAGUUGCCAAGUUGAGGAGACACCUCGAGUCCUAUACAUUCUGUUCUGGCGAUCGCGACCAGGAUUUCCAAACCAAACACAGAGUCCUUGCGCUGGCAGACACAGCAGCAUCUGGCCCGCACACCUUCGAUGAAUCCAUCAUGUUUCAGGACCCCUCGGUCAUGGUGCUCAAGGAUGACUUCCGGAACCGGUUCCGUAAUGUGUCCAGGUUGAUGGAUUGCGUGGGUUGCGACAAAUGCAGGCUCUGGGGGAAGCUUCAAACCGCUGGCUACGGAGCCGCAUUGAAAGUGCUGUUUGAGUAUGAUGAGAAUAAGAACGGUGAAAAUCCUCAUUUGAGGAGAACCGAGUUGGUGGCGUUGGUCAAUACGCUCGGUCGUCUCAGUCACAGCCUGGAUGCAAUCCAAAAGUUCCGCACUGCUCUCAACACUGGGGAUAUGAGUGUGCUGGACAUUCAAGGUCCGCUUCCAUUGUCUGCAAAGAGUGACGCCAAGAUUGAUUCGGGCGACACCGAAAAUCCAGAGGACACCGAUUUUGACGACUUGUACGACGAUUUGGACGUUAAAAACUCACCUGUUCCACAGCAGGGGAGUGCGAUUGCCGAAGCAUUCUGGACCGAGCUUGAUCUGGUCUGGCGCGCAUACAAGAUGGUUCUGCGGUCUUGGGUCGAGCUGCCGUUCAAAUUUGGGGCUAUUUUCAUCAUGGAAAUGAAUCGCCUGUGGAAUUUCUGGUUGGGAUUGCCGGUCCCGGAUCGGUCGUGGGAUUUCCACUUUCCCAGUCGCGACGAGCUGUAG